AUGUUAAUUUUUUACUUUCUUAUGAUUAUAUUAAUAUCAGCAUAUGAUAAUAAUACAUCACGAAUAUAUAUUCAUGAAGAAUUAUCAUCAAAUACAUUAAUAUUUUCUUCGAUAUCAUCAUAUAAUCUUCAAUGGUUACCAUCAUCUUAUUUAUUUCAAACAUAUUUUUAUUUAAAUCAAAAUCAAUCUUUAUAUACAACAAAUCAAAUAAUUAAUCGAGAAGAAUUUUGUGAAAAAAAAUUUUGUCAUUGUUCAGAAUGUUUAAUAAAUUUAAAUUUUUUACAAACUUUUUCAACAAAUAAUAUUUCUAUACGAACUAUUCAAAUUAUUAUUAAAGAUAUUAAUGAUCAUUCACCAACAUUUAAAAAAACAUUUUUACAACUUCCUAUAGCAGAAAAUCUUCCUAUUGAUUAUGAAAUUCCACUUGAAUCAGCUAUUGAUAAUGAUUAUGGUAUAUUAUCAAUACAAAAUUAUGAAUUAUAUCCAUUAAUUAAUAAUCCAUUUAGUUUAAUUAAACGAUCAAAACCAAUUCUUAAACUUAAGAAAAUUUUAGAUCGUGAAAUAAAAUCAAAUUAUUUAUUAAAAUUAAUUGCAUAUGAUGGUGGACAACCAUCAUUAUCAGGAGAACAAAAUAUUGAAAUAAUUGUUACUGAUGUUAAUGAUAAUGCACCAAUAUUUGAUCAAAUGAUUUAUCGAAAAUCUCUUCCAGAAAAUCAAUUAAUUGAUUCAAUUAUUUUUAAAAUUCAUGCAAAUGAUCAUGAUGCAGGUGAAAAUGCUCGUAUAAGCUAUUCAAUUGUUGAUCAAUCUAAUAUAUUUCAUAUCAAUGAACGAACAGGAGAAAUUUAUUUAAAAAAAUCUUUAGAUUAUGAAAAACAACGUUCAUAUUCAAUGACAAUUAAAGCUCGUGAUCAUGGUAUACCACAGCUGAACAAUUAUGCAACAUUAAUUAUUGAUGUAACAGAUGUCAAUGAUCAUGUACCAAAUGUUUUAUUAACAGAAGUUAAUGGGACGAUUAUGAAUAAUUAUCAAAUCAACCUAUCGGAAUGUAUAUCAAAAGAUAUACCUUUGUUAUAUAUUUAUGUAACUGAUGAUGAUUCUGGUGAUAAUAAUCGUGUUAGUUGUAUAUUAAAUGAUACUCGUUUAAAUUUAAUUAUUUUAACAACAAAUGCAUAUUCAUUACAAAUCAGUGGUUCACCUUUAUUUGAUUAUGAAAUUGAACAAUCAAUAGUUGUUCAUUUACAAUGUACUGAUUUUGGUAUACCAUCAUUAUCAACUUCAAUAUUAUUUUAUAUACAAAUUGAUGAUUGUAAUGAUAAUCCACCUGAUAUUAUUUUUCCAUUACAAUUAAAAAAUCAAUCAAUAUUAAUACCUUAUGAAACAACAAAAAUUCCAUUUAUUAUAACACAAUUUAUUAUUCAAGAUCGUGAUCGAUUUCAAUCGAAUACAUUCUCAUAUUCAUUUACUGUUUCACCAUUACUUAAUAUAAGUUUAACAAAUAAUGGUACAUUAAUUCUUUAUUCAAUGCCAACAAUUAUAGGAUUAUUUAUAAUUAAUGUAACAGUUUAUGAUAUUGGAAAUUUAACAAAUAGAAUAUCAAUACCAAUUAAUAUAUAUUCAAUAUAUGAUACAAUAGAAAUAAGAAAUUUUAGUAUGGAAAAUACAAGUUUAAUAUUACUUUUAAUAUUUUUUAUUAUUAUAUUUCUUGCUGCUAUAUUAAUAUCGAUAUGUUUUUUAAUUGCUUGUCUAUUACGAUCAAAUAAAACACAAUCACAAAGAAAUUCAAUACGAAAUUCUUCAUGUGAAAGUACUAAUAGUUCAAAUGAACGAACAGGUUCAUCACAAAAAACAACAAUUGAAGUACUUGAAGACACAACAAAUUCAUCCAAUCGUAUCUAUCAAUAUGGAAUUAAACAAGCAGCAGAUAUGAAUGUAAUCAAUACUAACGGUGUUCAUCAAAGAGAUUUUGGUUAUUCAGAAAAGGUUGAAAGAUAUUUAACACAUUUAAACAGUCGAGUUACUGGCAUCGAUAAAGAUGAAGGUGUAUAUGGAUCAUCAGAUAUAUCAUCUGAUCAUGUACAACAAUUAACAAUACGACCACCAUCUAUUAGUUCAAUACAUUCAUCACAACAAGCUUAUCAAGAUAGUUUAAAACGUUUUGAACAAUUAUAUUCAAUUGUUGAACAUCAUCAAAAAACAAAACUUCAUACUUCAGCAUUUUCAUCCGACAGUCUUAUUGUAUAA